AUGCUUCUUUCAACACGCGCUGGUCGUUCGAGCAGGCCUUGCGCAGCCUUCGUUCGGCUUGCAAAGCACCGGGCGCAUCGUCGUCAAGAUACUUCUCAUAUUUCACCACAUUGGAGAUACUACGCCACAGAGGGAGUUGGUGCGGAAGACUCGGCCUCUGAUCCUGGAUUACUCCUAAAAAACUCAAAAGCGAGGUUCAAUGAAAUAGGGGUUCAGCAACUAAGCAGCCAUGUCUACUCCCAAAUCUUUCCCGAUAGCUGUACACCACCCCCAAAAGAACUUGUAGACCUCUCAAAGGACCAUCUUCGGCGGCAUGAGCUAUUAGGAAAGAACACUGACAACACUCCUCCAAUUUCCUUCGACCUCCCCGAAUUACAAGGACGAACGCUCGACGAACACUUUCACAAACUCGGAGUCGACGCCGCAGAGCCUUUUCUAUCACAAGCAAAACAGUUUACAAGAUCAAAUCCCCCUCCAAAGCCACGGAAAUGGGUUCGAAGGAGUGGAUGGACGAAAUACUAUGCAGAUGGUCGGACAGAGGCAGUGGAUGCGCCUCAGGAGGAGAUGCUGUGUUUUGAUACGGAAGUAAUGUGGAAGGAGAGUUCAUUCGCGGUCAUGGCAUGUGCAGUCAGUCCUACGAAUUGGUAUGCUUGGUUAUCGCCCUGGUUGCUGGGAGAAAGCGAGAACGAUCGACACUUGAUACCUCUAGGAGAUCCAAACCAAGCUCGAAUCAUUGUGGGACACAAUAUUGGCUACGAUAGGGCGAGGAUUGCGGAGGAGUAUGACUUGCAACAGACCAAAAACAAUUUUCUCGAUACGAUGUCCUUACAUGUGGCUGUCAAUGGAAUGUGCUCACGGCAGAGACCUACUUGGAUGAAGCACAGGAAAAAUCGGGAAUUGAGGGACAAGAUUGCCAGUGAGACGGACAAUGCUGAAUUGUCGGCCUUGUUAGGAAAUAAGGCUUUGACUGAGGAGGAAGAGGAGUUGUGGGUGGGUCGAAGUUCUGUCAAUUCGCUGCGGGACGUUGCGAAAUUCCAUCUAGACAUUACGAUCGACAAGGCGCAAAGGGACCAAUUUGGAGAGCUAGAUCGAGCCGGAGUACGAGCGAAGCUUGAUGAGCUUCUAGAUUACUGCGCCGCUGAUGUUUCUGUCACACACCGGGUGUACAAGAUUGUGUUUCCGAAUUUCCUGGAGACAUGUCCUCAUCCUGUGAGUUUUGCGGCUCUACGGCAUCUAUCGUCCGUCAUACUUCCGGUGGAUAAGUCGUGGGAGGCAUAUAUCGCAAAUGCAGAGGCGACAUAUCACAAGUUAUCAGAUGCCGUCCAAGAAAGACUUAUUGCACUGACUGAGAAGGCAUUGGAUAUUAAAGGCCACGAAGAGAAAUGGAGCAACGAUCCUUGGCUCCGGCAGAUGGAUUGGUCUGGCCAGGAAGUCAGGAUGGUGAAGGGAAAGAAAAAGAAUGAUCCUCCUCGACCAGCAGCUAGGCAGAAGAUGCCGGGGAUGCCACAAUGGUACAAGGAUCUGUUCAGCAAGAAGGAUGGACCGAUCGGACUGUCUGUACGGACAAGAGUUGCUCCUUUACUUCUUCGGUUACAAUGGGAUGGAAACCCAUUAGUCUGGUCUGAUCAGUAUGGAUGGACUUUCAAAGUGCCAGUUGCAGAUGCCCAUAAGUACAAAGAGAAGCAGAUGCAGGAGUGCACUGCGUUUGACGAGAAAGACAUCACAUUGAGAGACGACAGAAGUAGCGUAUACUUCAAAUUGCCCCAUAAAGAUGGACCUACUGCACGUUGUGCGAAUCCAAUGGCGAAGAGUUACAUGGCCUAUUUCGAACAGGGCAUUUUAUCCUCCGAAUUCACAUACGCAAAGGAAGCUCUGGAGAUGAAUGCUUCUUGUUCGUAUUGGAUCAGCGCAAGAGAUCGAAUCAUGUCUCAGAUGGUCGUGUAUGAGAGUGAUGGUGCAAAGGGAUCAGAGAAGAAAUCGGAUUCGGAAACAGGAUAUAUUUUGCCUCAAGUGAUUCCGAUGGGGACUGUCACUCGAAGAGCAGUGGAAAAUACAUGGCUCACAGCAAGCAAUGCCAAGGUCAACCGUGUAGGGUCAGAACUCAAAUCGAUGGUUAGGGCUCCUCCUGGCUAUUGCUUUGUUGGCGCAGAUGUGGAUUCGGAGGAACUCUGGAUCGCAAGUCUUAUCGGUGAUGCUCAAUUCAGAAUCCAUGGAGGCAAUGCAGUUGGCUUCAUGACUUUGGAAGGAACCAAAGCAGCUGGGACAGAUUUGCACUCGCGGACUGCGCAAAUUCUGGGAAUUACUAGGAAUGAUGCCAAGGUAUUCAAUUAUGGUCGGAUAUACGGAGCUGGUCUCAAAUUCGCAUCCACUCUACUGCGACAGUUUAACCCGGGUCUCUCUGAAACGGAGACGACCAAGGUUGCUUCUAAUCUUUACCGCGCGACGAAGGGUGUAAAGACGAACAGGAAGACACUACACAAAAAACCAUUCUGGCGCGGUGGAACAGAGAGCUUCGUCUUCAACAAGCUCGAGGAAUUUGCAGAACAGGAACGGCCUCGUACCCCAGUUCUAGGAGCCGGUAUCACAGAAGCACUAAUGAGUCGCUUCGUCAACCAAGGGGGUUUCAUGACCUCCCGAAUCAACUGGGCUAUCCAAUCUUCUGGCGUCGACUACCUUCACCUCAUCAUAGUCGCCAUGGACUACCUGAUCCGCCGCUUCAACAUCAAAGCCCGGCUCGCCAUCACCGUGCAUGAUGAAAUUCGUUACCUAGUCAAAGAAGAAGAUAAAUAUCGCGCCGCCAUGGCCCUCCAAAUCGGCAACGUCUGGACACGAGCCAUGUUCUCGCAACAGGUCGGAAUUAAUGACCUUCCCCAAGCAUGCGCCUACUUCUCUGCUGUCGACAUCGACCACGUGCUCCGAAAAGAAGUAGACAUGGACUGUAUAACACCCUCCAACCACACUAAAAUCCCGCAUGGCGAAUCACUCGACAUCAACACACUCCUCACAAAACCAAACUCUCUCCUCGAUCCUUCUAUCGUCUCCACAGAUCCUACAAACCUAGACAACAUCGCCUAUACCCCUCGUAUCCCAGUCAUGGAAACCCUCUCCUCCAACACGUCGCCCUCUUUCCUCAAAGCGCAAAUCACAGCCGACGAUAAGGAACUCCGUGAGAUUAUUAAAGAUCAAAAGGCCCUCGAAACGCCUACCGUCACGGUACCAAAAACAAGACGCACGACAAAGCGAGGCGAUAUACAACCCUACCAGGCACAAGCAGCACUAAUGGAGCAGCCAAUGAUUGUGUCCGAGCUACUAGGGAACAAGUUCAAGAGUAGUUUUGAUAGUGGCAAGAACAAAAAUUGGGGCUGGGAACGGAGUAUGCCAAUUCGUGGUGGGUCGAGACCUGCUCCUAGGUGGUGA